AUGCCUCGACGAGGCCGUUCAAGCGCAAAAAGCCUUCAGCGGGAACCAUCUGUUGUCCUUGGUCAGCUAGACACCACCCCAACGAGCCAUCAUGCCGAAACAUUGAGCAACUUUACCGAUCCCCAGGAGUUCUUUGAGAAUGCGAUCGCCGACGAGGACCUUUUGGCUCUUGAUGAUCUGCUGGCACCGAACAAAGCACAGCAUAGGGAAAAAUCGUUCACGUGGUCAGAAGCAGGGUCAACACGCCGCAGUUCGCCACUCCAUGGCGAGGUACCCAACGACGUCUGGGAAUUCAAUGCUGAAGAUUCUCUCCCGGCAAUGUCUAGCCCAAAGUCCGGAAUUGAUAAGCUUCCAGCGACUUUUCCUCUCCCUCCCCAGGACCACAUCGAGCCAAAUGGCAUUCAACCAAUCGAAAAGCCAGCUCACAAAGUUGAUUUCUCUGAAACUGCUUCAACUGCCCGUAGAAGCACCCCGUUCGGCCUCGAUGAAGUAUCUUCUCUAGGUCCCUGGGAGUUUGAAACUCCGUCGGUGAAACAGACUUCCUUUGCAGCUCAUGACAAGCAGGGAGCUGGUUCGUCCAGGCUCCCAGACAAACUUGCAGCAGUAAUACCUUCAGAGGUGCGAACGAACAAAAAAGACACGAUACGUUCAUCCAAACAGAAAAUUACCAAUUCCUUGACCAAGUCAACCGAUAUUGAUGAUGUCGUUCUGAAGACAUCCCCAACACUGCUUCCUGAACGUGCCCCAGUUGACCAAGCGAAACUACAAAGUAAUGCUUUCAAUCUUAUCAGGUUGGAUCUUGAAUCCGAAGAAGACAUGAUAUUUCCCUCUUCUCCGCAGAUUUCAACGACGGAGGUACAAGCAAACCCUUCUGCCGAACCAUCCACAACUGAGGUUCACAAAUCAAGGAAAAGAAAACAGCGAGCAAAGUCCCCAGUGAAGUUUGAUGAACAUACUCAACAAGUAAAGGCCUCGAAACGAAAACCACCGCAGACUGCGCCUAAGGGGAAACGCAAACGAGCGGCUCCUCCAGUAGCCACCAAAGAGCCUGCAAAGAAAAAGCCUAAGAUCGGAUCCCAGCCGAAGGCGAGCGUAUCAAUUUCGCGAACGCCUGUGACAAGCAUAGUUCAUGAAUCUCCGAAAGUUACCGAAAAGGAAAAGGUUAUCGCCGUGGGAAAGUCGGCCAGUCCAAGUCGACUACCUGAACCUUCGCCAGCCAUUUCAAAGAGCAAAACAGACCCGAUUGUCCUGUCGAGUGAUCUUGAGAGUAGCGAGUUCAUUCCAACUUCUCCAUCAUCCCCCUUAUCAUCAUUUGAGAAGCAAGAUCACCCACAGAAAGGGGGAAACAAGCCCCAAUCCGGACUUCAAAUCUCAAAGAGCAACUCAGAGUCUUUAGAACUACCGCAAGCGCCAGAGAUCGAGCCUCUAUCCGGAGAGGAUAUUUUACCAGAUCUUUCAAACGCAAGUAUCGACUCAUUGACUCACCAGAUUUCUACCAACCCGAGACCAAUAGAGAAAGUCGAGGAGGCCGGGAAUGACAAUAGUCCCAAAAUUCCAGGGCCUGAAGCGGUCAAAUACCAUCCUUCUCGGUAUGCUUUCCAGAAUGAGGAUAUUCCUAACCCUACGGUAAUUGAACCAAAAUCAAAAUCACCCGAGCCGCUCCCUGCAAGGAACAAGACCCCAUACAACAAUCCUAUUGAUGAAAAUUCAAAGGGAACGCCUGCUCGGGCUAAGAACCAUACCAUUGCUAUCUCUCUUUUAGACGAGAGGCUUGGAGAGAAAAAGGAUAAGAGGCGAACCAAAACUUCUCGACCAAAAUUUGUUGUUAAAUCGAGCUUUAACCAUGGUACGUUCACGCAUUCGAUGUCUCCGGCGGAGGAGACCCAGCGUGGUCCGAAUAGCCGUUCGAAGAUAGACAAUGUUCGCUCAAGGAUCAACAAUAACCGUUCGGGGAUUGAUUUGAACCUGAAUCAAAGUCGAACGCUCAGCAUCAGUGAAGCAGGCAGUCCCGUACGCCUUGAUUCCCAAGUUGGCGAAAGUAGGGAGUCCCGUUAUCCUCUACCAAACGAACUGGAAUUCAGAGAUUUGGACAUGACAUCCCGAUUUCCGCCACUUCAAUCAAAAAUUGGGAAAAUACGGACUGGCAAGACAGAGAAUAAACCCCAUAUAUCCCGUGAUAUCACGAACUCAGUCUCAAAUUUGGGAAACUGUCCGAAUGCAAUGGACACAUCGAGGAAUCAUACAGCCAGAGAUGAUACCCAGCAUCUUCCUGUACAUGCCGAGGCGCCGAGUAAUGAGAGCGAUUCACCUCGACUUCAAGAAAUACGGGGGAAGAUCAAAGCCCAGAUGGAGGCAAAUUUUGAAGAACAGGCAGCGAAUAGGAACCGACCCGCGGCACAGCGCCAAAACACUGAUACCUGUCGCAGCGACCUUCCAGAAGCACAGUCCAACACUUGUUCGCCAUUGGCGACGGGAAGCAUCCCGAAAAGAUUACAUCGCAUUGUGGAGGUAGACCAUGUGCCUUCAGCAUACAUGAACGGCAUGUCUGGGGCUUUGCGCGGAAUCGAGCGACGGUUCAACCGAGAGCGUCGCGAGCUAGAACGAAACUGGGCCCGCGACAUCGAAUCUUUCAAAGAGAAUGUGACAAUUGCCAGAGAUAAGGUUACCACGGUACAGGAGGAGCGAGAUAUAAUAGUCUCGUCUCUCGAGGAAGAGGAGGCGAAACGACAUCUCUUGUAUUCUCGCGCAAGUACUAACCUACUAGCACUCAAUCGCACGUUACUCAACAGUGCAGCGGCGGAGUCCUCAGGAACUCGAUAG